CCACAUUUCUCGGCCAAGAUGGCUUCCUGAAUCCUUCAAUUCGUCCAAGAACACAUUUUGAAGCUAAACAAUUGAACACUUUGCCAUUGAUCAACUUGCAAUGACUACUUAGGUAUAGUUAAUUAUAAUACGCUGUCGAAUUGUUUCUUUUUCGCCUGAUUCCACGAUAAAUAGUGGAGAAUGAUUUAAAAUUACCCUGUACAUUUCCUGACCACAAAAACUCGUGAGAACAAUAUUCAUGGUGCAAGAUGUCUGCAAGAGGUGACGAAGAUUUUUCAAAACGUACAUUCUGGGAGAGGUUAAAGGAAUCCUUCUACAAAGAAAGGUUUGAAAAAUGUAAAAAAAAAAAAAAAUAUUCUCAACACAAGAUCUACUUUACUCUCUUGCACCGAACAAACACACUAGCAGUGUAUUUUCUGGAAGACUGCGUUAUUUCAUGAAAGCUUGACUUCCUUGAUUUAAUUGGAACACUUUGUAAUUCUACUGCUGGUGAAUUUCUAAGUGUUUUACUUUCUUGUUGGUACGUUUCACCCAAGCUUUUUGGCAAAAUUGGUAUUGGUUAAAUUUCCCUCCAGGAUGUUGGAAAAUUGAUUAGGGUUGACGAAGUACUCCUUAUAGGGCGAGGGAGAAUGGAAGAAGGAGAGUCCAGGAGAAUGAGGGGCAGUGAGGGUACGAGAGGAAUGAGAGUAAAGGGAAGGAAGUAGAGAGUUUUUAAUGAUGGAAAGACAGAGAGAAGAGCAAAAAUGCAUAGUCAUUUGUUGAUCAUAAAUCUGCAGUUUUUUCAUACCGAAGGGCAGGGAAAGUACCCCUGAGUGGGAGUAAUGGCAGAGGAGUGAACAGAAUCAGGAGAGUUUCAUCCCAUUUUCCCCAUUCACCAUUUCUACCCUUUAACUAAAUUAUAAAAUUCCUAUAGCUAUUCUUACACUGGCUGAUCAAAUACUUGGGUGCUUUCAAAUAUGUAACCUGUUUUAUGGAUCCUUUGAAGGAGGUCCUGGAAUGCUGGGGAUAAAACUCUUACCACUCUGACAGAGAAGAAAUGGCAGGUUAAGGAUUCAAAUACAAAUAACUUUGUUAGAUAGUUAAUGAAUAAAUUUGGAAUUACUGUUUUGAAUUUAUUUAGGGAUACACUUACACAGAAUGGUGAAUCUGAAGAGGAAACUGGCUGGCAGAGAGUAAGAGCAUUAUUUGAUGUAAGGUGGGUGUAGUUGUUUGUGCUGUGCCUCCUUCCCCUUCCCCCCAUGACAACAUAGACAGUGAAAAGGAAUAAAAAGGAAUGAGCAGAACAUUCAAAUGCAAGAGUUUGUUUUAAAAGCUCAUUCCAUUGCUACAAUAUUUCUUGGAUAUCAUUCUGCUGGAUGCAGAAAGAUGCCAUGAGGUGAAACAAUGGACCGUGGGGUCUACUGCUUUUCUAAACUAGUUACGGGUUUCCCGAUAUAAUAAAGUGUUAUGUAGGUUUCUGACAACUCAUAGCACACAUAGGAUCUCAAUAAUUUUAUCAAGAAUUAUGUGCUGAAAACACAAAAUUGUUUUGUUAACAAUUCUAAAACAAAAUGAUUUUGUUAUGUUUUGUUCUUUAGACAGAGUGAUGAGCAUUUUGAUAAGGAAAGAUGGCAUAGAUUCAUGAAAGCAUUUUUUAAGUCAAGGUAGGGCUGUAUUUUACAUAUAACAAUAAGCCUUUGCAAUAAAAUUGCCACAAAGUGUUGAUAUCCAUAUGAUUAUCACUAAUGAAUACCUUAGAUCAAUAGUACACAGGUACAUUUUGAGAAAUACUUACUCUGAGAUGAAUAAUUCUGUUAACCUUUAAACUCCUAAGAUCUGAUUGAUAAUUUGCAUUUCUAUCUGCCAUAUACAAUUUUUAUAAUAUUACUUCUGAGAAUUUGGUAUUAGAUCAACUAAUAAUUCCCUUACUGAUAUUUUUCUUUAUUCUCAUCACUUUUCUGCUUGAUAUUGUAUUGAUAUUGUAAGGAGAAAUUCUGUCUUGGUCACUCACGGGAGUUUAAGGGUUUAUGACAUUUCCUCAACGUGCACAAUGUAUAGACAGCCGGGAGAGUCAUGCACAACAUUUUUUCCUCAACAGAGGCUAUGAAGACGGACUUUGUCCAGAGAUGGAACAAAUAAGAACAGUCAUGCUUACUACGACUGUUUUUGCCUUUGUCUUUGGUGGUCGGUUUGGUUAUCGUAUUGUAGAUGAUAACUUUCGGCGACACAACCAGCUGACUGUGUAUGAAUCUGCGAUGCAUGCACAGCGUCGCUAUCAUGCAUCCAUUGUUGUGGGAUUUGUCAAGUAUGGUUGGCGUUGGGGAUGGAGAGCUGGUGCCUUUGCUGGUGUUUAUAGGUGAGUGGUGACCUUAACCCUUUAACUCCCAAGAUCUCAUUGGUAAUUCUCCUUACCAUCUGCCAAACAGCUCUUGUGAAAUUAGUUUGGAGAAUUUGGGAUUUGAUCAACUUAUAAUUCCUUAAUUGAGAUUUUUCGUUGUUCUCAAAACUUGUCUGCUUGAUAUUGUAUUGAUAUUGUAAGGAGAAAUUCUGUCUUGGUCACUCAUGGGAGUUGAAGGGUUAAGGUUAGUGUACUGGAUGCUUGGUUGAGAUGUUCAGGUUUUAGACUUAGCAAGGUCAUUGUGUUGGGUAAAUAUUUUGAGGAUGCUUUUCUCCCCACCUAGGAAAAUGAAGGGAUAAGGGCUAACUGUCAGGGAAGCUUGACAGUAUACUGCAAGGGGGAGUAAAGCACUCUCUGGCACUUCAUGCUGUAGUAACUGGGAUAAGUUCCAAAGGCAUAGGUUCACUGGGAGACUUGACCUUUCUGUUGAUAUUUUCUCAAGUCUUAGAGAAAUUUCUAGGUGGAUGUUAACCCUUAAACUCCCGAGAUCUGAUUGUUAAUUCUCCCCUGGAGCUGCUAUACAAUUCUUUGUAAAUUUGUAAUGAGAACUUGGUGUGAGAUUAAAAUAACUACCUCUACCUGUAAGUUUGAGCAUUCUCAUCAACCAUCUAUUGGAAAACAUAUAGGUAUUAUGGGGUUAAAUUAAUUAGGUUAUUAACCCUAUAAAAGGGUUAAAGAAAAUAAGGAAUAAUGUUGAUCUUAUUUUACCUAUUUCAAUCUUCUUGAACUGAUUAGUGAGUCACCUUACACUCAACCUCUCCCUAGACAGAUGAAAAGCUUAAAAAACUGAAAAUAACAAGGUGGUCAAUAAUGGAUAGUUCCAUUCCAAUAUUUGAAAAGGAUAAAAUGUUUCAGAUUUAGUGAAAAUGAAUUUUCUUUUACAUUUUAAUUUAGCUUUCUUGUGGUUGCACUAGAGGCUUAUCGAAACAGAUAUGAUGCACUGAAUUUCAUGGCCAGUGGAGGUAAAUUUAGAGGUUGAGAUCAACUUAAUCGAUAACUUCAGAAUACUUAGUUGGUAAAACUCCUUUGCUCAGAAUAAAAAGUCUUAAUUCUAUUAUGAAAAUUUAUCACUUUAAAAAUAGAUUAUUUAUCAGGUUAAUUUAAUUUACCACAACAUUUUGCUUUGAACAUAACAGCUUCAACUGGUGUUUUGUAUAACAUAUUUUCUGGGUGGCGUAAAAUGGCUGUUGGGGCAGCACUUGGUGGUGGUUUAAGGUAAGGCAAGUUUUAUAGAAAAGAAAGUGAACUGACUUUUUAAUAAAAAAAAAAGCUCUUUGACAUUCUCUCUUUAGAAGACUUUUAUAUUUACACUCGGCAAAUCAUUCAAAAGGUCAAGCUUUUCUGAAAUGUUUUAACUAAUUCUAGCAUGUUUUUUGUAGCUGUCAACAUGCAAUAUCUUUAGUUAGGCUUAGGUGAAUUUUUACUUUUAAUCCCCAUAUAAUACUGUGAAUUUAUUUAUUCUGUAAAAGUAGAUUUGUCCAAGGAUCAAUAUUAUUAGAUUGUAAGUAACUUGUUAAUGCUUAUGUACUAGUUUUAUGUCUAACAUGCAACCCACCAAGAAUAGCACUCAAGCUAACUGUGGGCACACAAAAUCUUGUGAAUACAAAUCCAAGUAAUAAAAUGUAUGUAUGUAUGUAUAACUCAACAUGAUACAUUCAAUUAGAAAAUAAUAUUUACAACAGUAAUUUUAUUAUUCUAGCCUUGACAAAAACUGUGGGUCAUUUAAGUUGUUGCUGAUGCAUCUUUCUAAAGUGAAUCAAAAAUUGGUUUCAUUAACUACCUAAGUUUGUACUAACUUUCCAGUGUACUGUUUUACUUUGACUAUGGUUUUAUAACAGUACUGAAUAAAUCUAAUUCAUACUCUUCAACUUUCUAAACCUUUAGUUUGCCUCUUGGAAUACUUGCACAGGCUGGAAAUGCAAUUCUACCAGAGGAAUAUAAACUGAACAGAAAGCAACUUGAGGAAUGCAAUUUUGAAAAGGAAGAGCAGUAUGUAAUGUUAUAUUUUCACUCUAAUUUAAUCCACAAUAAAUUUUAUCUGCUUUGUUCUGUUCAAGUAAGGAAUGGCUGUCUUUGCUCCACCAUUUAAUCUACAGAUUUUAUUUUUUCUUUUGACAUUGUGACAACUUCAGUUUCACCUUGGAAUCAGUGAAUGCAGAAGUUGCCUCAGUUAAAUCAUAUUAAUUUAUAUUUUUUAUCAUUUUGUAUCUAACAGGAAACAAAUUCUGAAAGCUACCACCAGUUCAUUGAUAGAAUCCAUAGAGAAAGAAUUAAAACAAAAGGAUCAAACUUGUGAUCACAAGAGAUGA